AUGGGUGGAGACAUCACAAAGUAUGGUACCGGUACCGGUGGUCAGUGGAACGUCUUUGAGUCGGAGACCACUAACGGACUCGUCGCCAGGACAACCGACUCGUUGCUCAGUCGCCAUGGCGCCAAGGUCGAUCCCAUGUGUGAGUUGGAGGGAAGACAGUGCGGGCCUGGACAGCAUACCAGCCACCUCAUUCUUCGUGCCAUAAAUGUUGCGGAUGUCGGUGGUGAACUUGGGGAUUUAGUCCAGGUGGGCGAUCUCUCACGGAUUAAACUGUCGGAGUGGGAACGAAGAGCAAAGGUCAGCGGCUUGUGAUCCGUGAAAACGAAGAAGUCCUGACCUUCAAGGAAAGGCUUCACAACCAGAUAAAUAGCAAGUAGUUCACGACCAAAGGUACUGUAGCGGGUCUCAGCCGGCAAGAACUUUUUAGAGAAAAGGGCCAGUGGUCGAAUCGGACCAACAAGGUGUUGCUGAAGGACUGCACCUACGGUUACGGACGAAGUAUCUACCACCAGGGACAACUGAGCUUCGGGAGCGGGAUUCGUGACCAAGGUGGCGUCGGCAAGGGAAUUCUUGAUUCUCUCAAAAGCAGUCGGUGCUUCAGCAGUCAGCUCGGGGGGAGCCUUUGGGACCAGAAGGCAUGUUGGUGAGUGUCAGCAUAAGGUAAGCACAGUUCGGUAGGAAGAGGCGGUAGAAGUUGAAAUCGCUAUGAAAUCGCCGCAACUGACGCUUGGAGGUUAGUGGAGGGAAAUCACGAAUUUCUUCAACGUUGGAGGGAAGGGGACGCAAACCUUCAGAGUCGACCUGAUGGCCGAGGAAUUGGGACGAAGGAACACCCAGCACGCACUUGGAGGGAUUGAUGAUAAGGCAAAACUUAUCAGGGCGGUCAAACAUCAAGGCAAGGUGCGCUUUGCGUUCUCCUGAAUUUCGGUUAGCCACUAAGAGAUCAUCGAUGUAGGCGUACACAAACGAUAGGCCACGUAAGACAUGGUCAAUGGAUCUCUGGGACGUUUAGGCGACAUUACGAAGACCGAAAGGCAUGUGGAUGUAUUCAAAGAGGCCAAAAGAUGCAGUGACGGCAGUUUUAGGGAUAUUCUCAGGGACGACCGGAAUCUGAUGAAAGGCACACAUCAGGUCAAUAUUCGAGAAAACCGCUUUGCCGAAAAGGGCCCCAGCAAAAUCCUGAAGAUGAGGCACAGGAUAUCGAUUGCGAAUUGUGGCAUUGUUGAGGGCACGAUAGCCGCAACAGGGUCUCCAGUCGCCUGAGAUCGCCUUGGGCACUAUGUGCAGGGGGGACGCCCAGGGACUCUCGGACGGUCGAAUGAUUCCCAGUUGCAGCAUGUGUUCAAACUCCGCCUUCGCGGCCUGAAAACGGGCCGGUCCUAGUCGUCUAGGUCGAGUGAACACAGGAGGACCUGUGGUGCGCCGUCCCUAAAGCUAAUCCGCAUUCAUGUACGCUUGCGGAGGCAGAUUUUUUUAGUUUGGCCACAGUAUACUGCAUUGCAGGCAUCCCAGACAACUGUGUGGACGACAUUUUUUCUCUCCAAAUACCCUCCAUUAUCCUAAAGGUUCUUCUGAAGCCCACUGACAUACCCUCGGUAGUUUGAGGUGGCGCAAAGCUGUCACUUAUCCCUUUACAACUUUGUCAGUUACCGAGUUCUAGACACCGAUCCGUUGCAUUUUGGGGACUCCAGUCGGACUGUCCAAACCCGUCGUUUGAUUUUAUUGCAUGAAAGGCAGUAAAGCACCCGUCCGCAUUCGUCCACUCAGUACGACACGAGAAUAGGAACAGCCGCAAUACAGGUGGCCCUACGCUAAAUUCCCGGAGAAACAUCUAUUCACGAAUCCUAAAUCUAAACCUAGCCCUAACCCUAAACGAAGCCCUCUCUUAACCCUAACCUUAUCCCUCUAGAAGUUAACGUAAGAUUGCCCGUAUGACGGAGGGGUUGCUACCGCUAAUUCCACCGGGGGCAUCUUUAUGCAUCACCGUCGUUGCCACAGUAGUUUAACGGCGCAUGCCGAAAUAGGAAGGACGAAGGGCGUCCCGUUCUCGCAUUUUCAUAGGUCAUAAGAUGACUGACAACGCUUUUCGCUCAAGAGGGCAACAGAGUGGGUUUUAACUGAAGUAAUUGAGGACUGAUGUCAGGCCGUCGGCGUAAGUUCUUUUAGCGUCAGACGGUUUGAGUAAGAGGUUUACUAUCGCGCCCCCCCCCCCCUCAUGCAAUGUUGCCGUCAGUUUCAUCUCGCGCGCUCCCCACCGCAGUCUUCUUGAACAUCCUCGCCUCAUGGGAAAUAGCGUUUCCCCCAAACCACUCUGUCCCACGAAAAAAACUGAUUCACUCCUUCUGCCCCUCUCGUUGCCCCCUCCUCCCCCCCCCCUAUUCUCUCCCCCAACCUACAAGAGAGACUUUCGUAGUCGAAAAGUGUAAAAGACCCUCGGUCACGAUUACUGCGGUAAAAUCAAAGGUUUCAGCUUUAAAAAAGGUCGCUUUUGUGGAACUUUUUGCAUGUUUUCCAAAUUUCGUUUGCAUGUAAUGUUAAUGUUGCGCGAAUGCAAGCAAAGUUCAAAGUACCCGAGUCUUCAAAGGAUCCGAUGCCGAAAGAUUAUCUGACCGAUCAGGUGAGUGCACGCACCGAACCCUCACGUGCGCACAGGCGUAUGUGUGCAUGCGUGAGCCUUAGUCAUCUCGGCGAGUGCCCGUCCACUGGCCGGGUUCUUUGCCAUGGCGACUUGGCGCACUGCAUCGUUGCAAAGUGGAUCGACGAGGAUGUAGCCUGUAACUGCAAGACCUGGGCAUUCAGGAAUGAGCGCAUCGCUCAACAGUGACAUCAACCAGGCAUGAAACUUUUGCCGUCUCAAGCGAUGACGUCUAUCGUGUUCCGCCCGGAGUGGACGCACCGCUGGUGGAUUGCGUGGAAACUGAUUUAUGUGCAACAUUUAACCCCCCCCCUCUCUCCCUCCUCUCACACACCUUGCUCCGAUGGCAAGACAAGGGUGUUGGAAUUGGGGUGGUCGACAAGACAAAGAUCCCCGAAUCAGGCAAGACGUGUUGGGUUGGACAACCUUUACAGCCUGGGGAAGUGCGUACACAAAGCCCUACAUGCAGUCGCCACUAGCGCGCCCUCCAAGCAAGCUGUCGCUGUCUGUGUCCACCAUCGAGGUGCUCAGACCCAGCGCGUGUGCGUUUUUCGUUGUCUCAGCGUCCACCGGCCAAUCAGAGGAGAGGCAACGUUGAUUGGCUUCGAGCAAUCGCGCGUGCCAGCAGCGGAUCGACAGGGAGUGUGCGACGGACUGAAGGGAAGUGUGACAAAUCAGCGGAGGGCAAGCAGACGGGGACGGCCACAAGGUCAAGACGACCCGAGGUGGAAUCGAGCGAAGUGUCUGACAAAUCAAAGUGGCCCGUCUGCGCGUGCCACACACGACCUGACCACCGCUACAUGUGCCGGGCAGUACUAUGGACAGCUCGGAGCCCACAUGCAUGGGAGUUCCAGCGAAGUCACAGUAGGAGGAAGCCAUUGCGGCGUGACACUAAGUCCUGGGAGGAAUCUGAGUUAUCCCGUCAGCUUGGAACUUUCCAAGGCACAAUUGACAGCAGGUGAUGAUAGGUUUAGGGUCGUCAGAUCUAUUAAAAUUAGAAAUGCGUUAAUGCAGUGGGAGAGUGGGCUGCACUCCAGUGUUGUUUCUGCCAUCCCUCCUCCAUUUCCCACACUCAAGUCGCCUGUUCGAGCAUGUCUACUGACGGAAAGCAGGGACUGAUGCGAGGUGAAGGUCUGUGUUUUAUACGUGCCAGCAUACGGCAAUAAUUAUCGACUUACGUGGACUCGGCGCAACCUCAGCCCGUUGUGGGGGGUGGGGGUAAGGUAGUUAGCUAAGCAUGCAAAAGCGGAGACCCGCAACGGAAUGUAGGUAGUAAUAGCAAAGGAGCCGAGAUUGACGAAACUAAACAUUCCUGAGAGGAUCUACUUGGUAGUUCUUUAGGCUGAAUGUGGUUGAUGAAACUCCGAUGAGGUCACAAGAAAGUUCACCUUCCAAACGCUAUUGCAGGAGGUCAUUCCCUCCUAAUUCAUUUCAGAACGCGACCCAACAAAUCAUGCAAACAGUCCGCAUGCAGAUUUUACCGAGAGAUGAUAGGGCAUGCACAUUAACUGACGACGUGGUCGUUCACAGAAGAACAUUUGACGGCUUAACCAAAAAUGUGGAGCCUCUAAGGGUGCCGUCCAUAGAAUCUUAAAGAAAUACUGUUUUUUACCUAGUGGACAGAUGCGUGCGUAGGUCCAGCCACCAGCACCGCCGCCGCCGCCGCUGCCACCGCCACCACCACCACCACCACCACCGCCGCCGCCGCCACCACCACCACCACCACCAAGACAGUACUAAUAUGCGCUCGAGGUGGGCCAAAAGCUGCAAACUAG